AUGCCACCCAGAAUCUGUACAGACUGGAAAGCCAGUGCAUACCCGGAACUCGUGUGGGCUCUAGAAGACUUCGGCCUUCAUCCAGACCAGGUUCAUAGUCUCUACAUGGACUCUUGGCUUACCAACGAAGGUAUUGACAUCCGAAAGGUCAUCCCGGCCACCCCUCUGGCGUAUAAUCGAGACAUUGAGGAGGAACGCAUGCUUUACAUCUUGGGUUUCCCGGAUCUACUCACGCCAAUCGGCAUGAGAAACUUCAUCAACGACGUCACGGAGUUGAACAUUGUUGAAAAAUGUGUCGUCGUGGUCGACACCGUCUCCCAAUGCUCCUUCCGUUGGGUGGUUUUGACUUCCGCCCUUGCCGCCGACUAUGUCAUUGAAAGAUGCCAUAAUUUGAUGGUUGUGGACUGGGCUCGACCUGACCUUGAAUACACAUUGCACGUUUGCAGAGCUGUUGGACCACGUAAGCAUGUCAAUAUCUAUGCGCCUACCUCACCUAUUAAAGCACCUGUUCCUAUUACUCGGGAAAUUGAGAGACGCGGUAGAGUACUCUUCCAAGACACCAAUCCCGCCCCUGGAAGAGCCCAGCAAUUACCCCGAAUCAUCGAGACGGUUCAUGGCCAUCCAUCCCCACCCCAAGUAGUAUCGUCAUCACCCCUUCACUACAGUCCACCUCGCAGACUACCAACCCCAGUCCAGGAGCCGGAUGAGCAGAUGCAAACACCGAAAUCAUGGAAACCAGAAGACGACAUUGGACUGGACGACGACGAGGAGGACGAGCCCCCCGCUCCCGUCUCCACAUUCAACAAGACCCCUCCUCAAAUCUUUGUUACUCAGGCUGCAUCAUGGGCUGCCAUUGCUAACACAGCUAAUCCAAAUGCCCAACUGAUCGAAUUGCAUCCCGGCAAACAAGCUAACCGUUCCAAGUCAGGAGGCCUCACACAUGUCGUUGCCUACGGAGGAAGUCGAGAGACCCGUGACGACACUAUCCGAGUGGUUUUUCUCCUUGAUCUUCCGUCCAACAUCACGACACAAGAUAUUAGUGAUGCCAUCCAUGAAGGUCCGUUGAGAAGCAUCAGUUUCGGCUUCGACGAGGAGAAGGGAACGAGAUUUGCCGGAGUCAUCUUCCAAUAUGCCGUCGAUGCUGAGCUGUUCCAUUCCAUCAUGGUGAAGGAGCGCGCAGAGAGUCGCCCAAGCAGAUUCAGAUUCACCGUCGAGGCGGUUCGGGGAGAGCCGUUCCCAUGUGACGAGUAUCUCAGAUUGAUGGAUCCACCAACAUACGCCAGCCGGCGUCUCACCAUCGUCAAAUCUCGGUUCUUCUUCAUGUUUGGCGAGAGACAACUGAAGGCCUUGUGCGAGAAAUUGGUUGGCCGGGAUACGGUUCAAUUGAUCUGGCUUUACAACGGCGGAAACGCGACGAUUGUCUUCGCCGAUGUUCCGUCUGCUGUCACGGUCAAGAAUGCAUUGGACAGAAUGGCUGCUGGUAUUGGAUUGCCCAGCGGUCAGUCUCCUGCUUCUUGGGAUGGCUUGCAGACUACUUUCUCCAAGGAUCCUUGUGCAGUCCCACUUGAGUUCAAGACUGCUAUGAAUUAG